UCUAGAAAUGAUUAGAUCAUUUGUUGUCAUCAUUCCCCUUCUAUCUCUUUCCGUCCUUACCUUCAAGUAUAACGAUAUACCGGAGCAAUACAGAGAGCUCCUUCCUCCCGAAGCGAAAGAAUUCUUGAGUGGUCUCACUGACGAGGAUAAAGCUGCUUUGAAAGAAGUAUUCAAAAGUUCUAAGGAAUAUGCGAAUGACGAAGAGUUUGUUGCUGAAGUUACGAAGAAAUCUGCGGAUCUUGGAGCUAAAGUUAAGAAGUUGACUGAUCUGAUGAAGAAAAAGGUCGAUGCACUCAAACCCGAAGCGCAAGCCUUUGCCAAAGAUCUAAUAGAACGUGCACGCAAGAUACGUAAUAGAUACUUUGCUGACGACCAACCCAAGAAAUCUAUUUUGAAAGAGGCGGGUCUCGAAACUAUCAAAAAAUACAAGGAGUUGUCUGACGAAGCUAAGGAGGAUUUCAAAAAGGAAUUCCCUGCGCUUACGGCAGUUUUAACAAGCGACAAAACUCUCAAACGUCUAGAGACCCUCAACUAAAACUGCGGAAAAAAAUUCCAACAUCUGCUAUCCAAGAAAGGAGUUGACGAUGCGAUGCCUCGUGAUUUCUGACUAAACUUCCUAGAACAAGUCCUUUGACAUGAUAAAUUGAUUUUCCAAGAUUGCUGAGUCAUUGCAAAUUAUCUAAACUUGUAAAAGGAUUGUGGUUUUUGGCAUUUUGUGGUCUAGACGUUGGUAACCCAUGUGUUGCACUUGUUGUUAGCUUAUUUUUUGGAGAACAUUGCAUUACUUGUAUGACACACAAAUAACAAAAACUCGAGGCUUCAACAUCUUCUUUUCAUAUCUUCACUCGAACAUAAAAAAAUUUCAUAAAAACUAUAAAAAUAGUUUCUGAAAGCUCAGCUAAGAACUGCUAUUGUCUAAACAAUCUAUUCCGUUCAUUUGCCACUUAUCCUUUACUACUGGCUGUCAACGGCCUGUCCAUCGGAUUGCAAAC